GUUGGAACGGUCCGUCCGCAUCCUCAAGACGCCAGCUGGAGCCUCACAUUCACAUUCCCGUCUCUUCUCAUUUCCCCCAAUCUCACAAUCAAGCAUUUCUUGCACAUAUCACUCUCAUUUUCUCAAACUACAUUAAGCGACAAUAAUGGCGGAUCGCUUCCCUUCAUUGGAGGACUUCUCUGCGGGCCAGACCGAAGUUGUUGAAACCAACGGUGCCUCGGAUGAAAAUGAUUUCCUAGCUCGCGAACGGGCUAUGCUCGGUGAUGACGCAGAACAGUUUGCGACUCCCCAAGACCAUGUCGCUGCCGACGAUGUAAACAAUGACGACUUACUGGGUGGUGCGGAUGUCGCUCCGGCCGCUGGUGCUGAACCUCAGGAGAUCGCUGGAUUCGAAUCUUCUUUCCCGGCUCUUGAUACACAGAAUGAGCAAGUUGCCCCUGGUGGCACCAUCACCGGAUCUGGUGCCCCCUUCCCACCCACCGGAUAUUCCAACUACACUUACCAGGCGCCAGAGGAGGAUCCAGAGCCUGUUCGCGAAUGGCGGGAGCGCCGAGAUGCGGACAUCCAACGUCGUACGGAGAUCUCGGAGGAGAAAAAGAAUGCUACUAUCACCAAGGCCCGCGAGGAUAUCGACGACUUCUAUGUCUCGUAUAACAACAAGACGGACAAGCUUCGUUCUCAGACCCGCGCCGAGGCGGAUCAAUUCCUGGCCAACCGGGAGGAUACCUCGUCCGGAGGCACCAGCUGGGAGCGCAUUGCGAAGCUUGUUGAUAUCUCUGGAAAGGGAUCCAAGGGUGGUGCUAGUGGCUCCGGUAAGGAGCGCUUCCGAGAGAUGCUCCUGGACCUCAAGAAGGACCAGAAUGCCCCCGGUGCCGGUGGUGUUUAAGUAAUCGAUUUGAUCAGGAAUGGCAAUCAUACGGAGUCUUGGUAGAUGCGGGAAACCCCCGACAUCUACGCAAGUCCACAGUCCGAUGAUAAAACCCACUUGAAGAGAAUUGAAGCACUUACGGAGAUACCAUGCCUUCUGCAUUCCAGCGCCCGCUUUCAUGACUCCCACCUUUCAUAUUCCUCCGGGUGUUUAUCACAUUCUCCACUCGACCGUGCAUGUCUACACAGCCCCACGUUCCUCGAGCUAAUGGUUUUCUUCUCAGUACAUGUGUCUCUUUCUUCAAUUCUCAAACACAUGUCUUCUUAUCUCCCUUAUUUUCCCUUGAUGUAGGUAGAUCACAUCGACAUUAGAACCCCUUAAUUGCCUCUUUUGAUUCACCUUACCCCCUAAAAAGUGCGGUGCAUACUCUAAACGUCAACGGAGCUGAUAAUCACCAAGUGUACAUGUUACGAGGAGAAAGAAAUUACAUUACAAAUU